AUGUACGCAAAAGUUCCGAAAUGUUUUCAUCGAGUUUGCGAUUUAGGUCGACCGAGAGUUUUAUGCGGCGUAAAAGUAUUGUCACCGCGCUUGUUCCAGUCUCAGCAACCCGCUUGCGUAGUGUGGCCUUCUGAUGUUAGUGUUGCGCCGGUUCGUUUCAUGAUGAAACUAUGGCCCACCGAACGACCCGGGCAACAAUUCGUAAUUCCUGGACCAUUACCAUGCCCCUCUUCGUUCAAGAAGGAACAUUUCGUUUCUUUAUUACGAUAUUUACGAAAAUCCAAAUAUCCCUGCUUGGCAUCCCCAUUUUUGGGAGAAAUGGUGACUGGUGUAGACGAAUGUUACGAAGAAACUUCAAAAUUUUAG